AUGAUUGAUACCAACAGUCCCCCAUUAUCCCCCAUUGAAAUCAAGCCAGAAGACUUGGCCCAAGGGAUCACUCAUGCUCGAGGGGCCCGGUAUCCUCCACCACGCGCACCCGCCGACGUUCUGAUUGCGGAGGUCCCGAUCUACACUAGCCGGGGUAAGACGGUACUAGCGCAAGUACCAUUAGCUUGGCCGUCUAUUGUUGAACAUGAUCCGGAAGUGAAUUUGAGUGUCACGCGCUUCUUGCUUACAUUACAACGUCUUUACGACUUGUAUGCGGCAUGGGGAGAUCAUCAAGCUGCUAGUGAAGACGUUAGGGGUACUUUCAAUGACCUGGUCGAAAAGUGGCACGCGGUAGAAGACUGCUAUAAAGACUGCUGCGGAGCAUCCGUAAAAGAGGCUGAAGUAGGCCUGGUUACGAUACGACACCUCUGUGGGUUGACGCUGGAUAACGAGGGGCCCAACUGGAUCCUGAUGAAAGACAAUCAGCUACAAUUUACGGGUAGUAUAAGAGAUGAUGUCAUCAGCAAGCUGAAGGAGCUACAUCAUACACCAGAACGUGUCCACCCAUUCUCGCAGUUCAAUUCGGAGCUCGACCAGGGGGUCCGGGAGAGAGGGAAGCAUGCGUUCGAGCUCAAUGUACCUGCCGUACAGACUGCCGUUACUCGCCUGUUGGUCGCAACCAAGCAAUUGUUAGAGUCCCUCACCAACUGGAGCAAAGGCACCAUGUCAGAAAACGAUGUCAGCGAUGUCUAUGUUCAAAUGGGAAACGACUUCAACUCGGCAGUGGCUGCAUUCCAGGCAGCUGGGAUCGAUAUGACCGAUCUUAUGUCUGUGCCCGAUGAUCUGCGAAACAUUCUCGAAUCGGCGCUCGCUGAAGAGGCAACACCUGAAAACCUGGAUAUCUACCUGCCAGGGGUUCGCGCCAUCAUCAAGAAUCUGUUACAUGGUUUAAGGGCUAAGCAACACGACUACAAGCUUAGUGGGGGGUCGCGUCGCUCGGAUUCGGUCGCCGGUCAUGACCGGUCUGACAGUAUCGCCAGCUAUCGGCAUGAACCAACGAUUCCUAUGCCAACUCCUGGUGGAGGUGAACCAUGGAUUGGCGGGUUUGCUCCGCCACAACAGGGGUACGGGGGUCAGCAUCCUGGAGAAUAUCCCCCUCAGAAUCAGGGAUCGCUUCCCGCUAGAACUGCCUCGCGCUCUUCCACAACAUCAACAUCGCAGCAAGCAUAUGGGCGCGGACCUCAAGCGUAUAUACAUCAGCCCGUGCAGGAAGAGAUGACAGAAGACGAAUCGACUCGCGGCACGACUCCCAGGAAAUCUAAUCAUGGAAGAUCUCUGUCAAGGGCAAGCGCUUCGAGUGGUGGCGGGAUAGCUGGCGAUGCUCCGUCCCGUAUAUCGUCAACGGCACCCCUUCCUCCCGAUAUCAGGCGUUACACGCUAACGGAUGGCCCACCGUCGAGUAUGAACGGAGACGGGACACCACGCCAACAACCCAGCCCUGGGGGUGGUCCAGUUUCUAAUCUUCCGCCAGCACCACCCAACGUGCUUGUCGAACCAAACAGCCCAUCCCCGGGCGAAUCCGUUCCUCCCCCUCCCCCUCCUCCUCAGCCGACUAUCAAUCGCCCCAUGUCACCCUCCCCUCCGCCCGAUACCCCAACCUCAGAUGGCCCCCCAGCCGAGUUGAACGAUAAGGCUCUUAGCGCGCUCAAGUCGGGUGAAGCGCUAACCCGUCGAGCAUCGAAACGUUUCUCGACAUAUACAUACAACAAGAUGACUGGUACCCCGACUGCUCCUACGACUACGACAUCUUCCAAGAAUAGACGAUCUAUGAUGGCCGGGUCGGGGCCGCUCUCGACGGGGGAUCUCAACGCACUUUCCGAGAUCGACGAAGCUUCGGGUUCCAACAAGGCGCGGCGGUCGCGUACUCUCGAUCCUGGGCGGCGAGGUGGUUUUGAUGCUUUUGCUCCACCAGUUCCUCCGCUUCCUCAGUCCAUACAGCGAGCUCUUCCAAGCACAACGGAAGAAACUGCUGAAGAAGUUGAAGCAGAUGACAAGCCUGCUGAGAAGGUGCCAGAUAUACCACCCACACCCAAGGGACCUUCGCCUCAGCCCCCGUUGUCCCCUCUCCCCUCAAAUAAACCUUUCCCUAUAUUCCUUCAGUUGGAGAGCCAAGUCAGGAAAGCUGAAUUUGAGCCUGGAAUGACUAUUGCAUCACUUCGAGUCCUAUUUGUCGAAAAAUUCGCAUACAACCCUGGACUGGAUAACUUCCCGGACAUAUACAUCAGGGAUCCUACCAGUCAAGUGAUGUAUGAAUUGGAAGAUAUUAACGAGGUCAAGGAAAAAAGCUUACUGUCGUUGAACAUUGAACCUUUGGGUCAAAUUAAACAACACAUUGACGCUCAGAUGAAUGCACUCUCUCAAGACCUUCGCGAGCUCAAGUCCAGCGUGGCCGCCGACCAUGUCGACCCCUGCCACUAUCGCACCGAGUUACCUCCAGUUCGACCCACAGACGAGAAAUUCCAGAAAUUGGCCCGUCGCCUAUCGUCGAUUCGUACAGACGGACUCGGCCUAACCUCCCAGUCCCAAUCGCAACCGCAGCCACAACCUCAAUCCCAGUACUCGAUGCUUCAGCCACAGCCAACAGGAGCAUCCAUGAUGUCACACAUAACCAACACCUCCAACUAUACCAUGAUGUCUGAUGCUGCAUCUAUACGCAUAGUAUCGGACCUCAAGAACCAAUUCGACGAGAUUGUUAUGUUACGGCGGGACCUGGGUGUCAUGCGUCAGCUGUACCUCGACUUUGUGGAAAAGACCAAGGCGUCCAUAUCGAAUAUGCGGUCCCAAGCUCAAUCUGUGCGGCAGAUGGCGGGAACAAAGGUUACGGGAGAGCGCGCGUAUAUUGUCGCCGGGCGUGAAAAGCUCGAUUCGCGCACUACGAAUCUCUUGACCAAGGUGGAAGAGCUCCAAGACAACGUUGAGAACUUACGACACGAUGUUGUAAAACGCCAUGUUUCUCCUCGUCCUGCGGCCAUGAAGCUCUUGAAGGAGAGUAUCUCUACCACUGCAACCGAAUUGCAAGAAAUCCAGGAAUACAUUGCCACAGUCCAACCAAUGUGGAAACAAACCUGGGCCCGAGAGCUCGCUGGGAUCGUAGAAGAGCAAGAAUUCUUGCGUCAUAUGACCGAAUUCGUAGAGGAUCUUGGUGCAGACCAUGCUGAAGUGGUCAAGAUUUUCGAGGAUAUCCAAGGAGUAGUCAGCAUUCGCCCUUCGGGACAGGCCGCGCGCACCGGUCGCGUAUUCCGCCCCGCGCCAGCUGAGGAUGGUCAGCAAGCAAUCUCUAAUGUCCUGAUGCAGAUCCGUGGCUCGAACGUCGACCCCGAACAGCGUAUGCGUGCUAUCGAGGCGAGCCAGCGUCAGCGUAAAUUGGAUUUGUCAACCCGGUCCGACGCAUUCACGCAGGAGUUGUCAGGUUAUGUACAGGGGAAGAAACUGAAGUUGACGGGAGGAGCCGAAGAAGCAGAGCGCGUCCGCCAGAAGAGGAACGACGUGGCUUUAAAGGCAAUGUUCGGUGUUGUGGGUGGGGUCGGAACUGGGAACCUCGAAGCCGCCGGUUCUCAACAAUCUCCGUCUCGCUCUACUGGUAGCGGCCCGUCACCACAGACACCUUCGAGUCAGUUACCCACUGGGGAAGGUGGCUCGUAA